AUGUCUCUGUGCACGUUCGUUGGUCACAGUAGUAUCUCAGUGUAUAUUCGUCCGUCCGUCACGUUCGAUGGCUUUGAUUUAAUACUGGGACUAGAUGAUUUUUCACCUAACAGAAUUGUAAAAACAGAUUCAGCUCAGAGUCCACCAUACGAUUUAAUUGUACCAGAAUUUGUAACUGACUAUUACACUAUUCCCCGUAGUGUACCUCAGCAAAAUGUAUCAGUGGGUCUGAUUGAAUUCGGAAACUUUUAUUAUGAUAAACAAGAUUUACAGUUGUAUGCUGAAUCAGUAGAUAUACCCUAUAGACCGCUUAAUCCAGAACAUAUUAUUGGUAUUAACGAUCCGAUAAACAAAACCUAUAUCCAACGUACAGAUAUUGAAUUUAUGAAAUUAUCAAUGCGAUGUAUUACUGUUCUUGUAUCGUUCGGUGAUAAUGGAGCAUAUGGAUAUGGUGAUGAUGGAAAUUUAGCAGACUGUUCAAAUAAACUAUUUCAUCCCAGUUAUCCAGCAACCUGUCCCUAUAUAACAUCUGUUGAUGCAACAGAAUUAAUUAAUACUGAAUAUAAACGUUUGCAGAAUACUACACCUGCAUGUACAUCUGACCCACCUCCAGUUCAAUGCAUAUCGAAUGGAAUGGAAGCAGCUGUUGACUAUGGCACCUGGUCGUAUACCACUGUUAAACAUUAUUUUGAUUCAAUGAACGAUCACAGUAAAAACAAUUUUCAACAUCUAUAUCCAAUAUCGUCAAUGUACAAUCAAUUUAAUCGUGGCUUUGCUCAUAUUGCUGCAUUCGGUGUCAGUGCUCAUGUAAUAUUAAAUGGUAUAUAUAACCGCGUUGGUCGUACGAGUAUAUCAGCACCACUUUGGGGUGGAAUUGUAUCAGUAUUGAAUUCAUAUUCGUUAAGUAUAACAAAUCGAACACUGGGUUUUCUCAAUCCAUUACUGUAUAGGAUGGGAGAGGAAAUGCCUGAGUGUUGCAAUGAUAUAACAAUUGGGGAUAACAAGUGUACACAAUCAGUAUGUACAAAUCAAUGUCAAGGUUUUCAAACUGCUCGUGGUUGA